AUGGAAGAAGAAGGAGGAGGAGCAGGAGGAGAAGAACAAGAUCCGUUUAAUCCGAACAACGAGCAGUACAACGCCGCCACGAUUCAGACGACGAUUCAGACGGGAGGAGGGCAACGCGAGAAUUAUUCGGACGAGGACGAUCGCGCGCCAAGACGUGGUGGAGGAGGAUCAGGAGGUGGGAAUAAUCAGCCUCGGGAACAACAACAACAACAACAACAACAACGCUCGAUGAUGGACCAACAAGUACCGCAACCGGAUCAGCAACAUCCACCGAGAUCAAAUAAUAAUAAUAAUAAUAACAAUAACAAUAACAGGUAUAAUCAGCCGCCCAACAGAGGAGGAGGAGAUUAUCAAAGGCCGCAGCACGUGGCGCAGCAGUUCGCGAAUAAUACCGGCUACGGCGGCCGAGGCGGCGGACGGGGCGGCGGAUACCAAGACAGAGGGAGAGGAGGAAGAGGUGAUACGAGAUACGACUCGAGGUACGACGAUAGAUAUCCGCCCGCGCAACAACACGGGCGAGGAGGGUACGGCGGCGGAGAGAGAUACGAUCAAAAUUCGGCGCCGUAUAGAGGAGGAUACGACAGAGGAGGAGGAGGAGGAAGAGGGUACGACCGACAGCAACAACAGACCCCGUACGACGCGAGGUACGAUGAAAGGUACGAUUCCAGGUACCCGCCGUUAGAUGCAGGCAGAGGAGGAGGAAGAGGUGCUGGAUAUGAUCGAGGAAGAGGCGGAGGCGGAUACCGCGACCGAGAACCAGCUCCAUUGAACGCCACUGCGGCGCCGUAUCGUUACGACGAGCGCUACGCGGACCCUGCUUUAGAGCCCGUGCAACCGCCGUUACCAGCCGGCGGUAAUCCACCGGCUCAAAGAGGGUACGAAGAUAGACGGGCGCCACCGCCAGUGAAACCGCGAGACGAUGAUUACGACGUCUACGUUAUGAACACCGAAGGCAACAACGGUUUAGUCGUCGGCCCAAGAGGCGCCAACGUGAAGAAGUUGGAGCAGAUGUCCGGUUGUAAAAUUAACUGCAAUCAAGAUAAGACGACGGUGGAAAUUUCUGGCCCGCCCCGUGGAAUUCAAAUGGCCAUCGAAGCUAUUAAUGAUUUAAUCGAUUCAAGGCUUAUGGACGCCACCGCGCAAGUUGGAGGAGGAGGAGGAAGAGGACCGCCGCCACACCAACGCGAUAGCAGAGAUUUGAGACACACGAUUGGCGGCGGCGGCGGCGGCGGAAGCGGUAUGAAACGAGGUCGAUACGAGGACGAUUAUCCACCAUUGGACGAUCAUGGAGUUGGUGGACCAAACUCCGCCGGAAAACGUCAACGAGGGAACGACGGCGGUAUCGUACAUCUCACUUUAAUAGACAAACUCAGAGAGGAGGCGGCGAGAAGAAACAUUCAACCGUACGAGCCAAUCCAAACUGAUUUCAUCUUGCAACUUCCUCAAGAUGAGCGAGGCAAAGUCAGUUACGAGGAAGUCGUCGGCGAGAACUUGGGAUUGAUCAUCGGCAAAAAAUUCAACACGCACAAAGAGUUGCAACGAAUCAUGGACUGUUCGUUCAAGGUUUGGGACGAGAAGAAAGCGGUGUCUUACCACGGGUUCCCGGAGAAGGUUAUCGAGGCUGUUUUGUUGGUGCAGGAGUUGUGUUAUUUAGGCCAAGCGACAAAAAGAGCGCGAGAAGAGGAAGGCGAUCCGCUACCGGUAAAACAACACAAUCAACAUCAACAUCAUCAGCAGCAACAGCAGCAACAACAACCACAACAACAAUCGCGACAACAGAACAAUAAAGAGGAAACCUACGAACCGAAGGAGGGCGAAAUCAUCGAAACGAUAGAAGCGCCGGGGAAAAUCGGUUUAGUCUUGGGCCGUAAAGGUGUCAACAUCACGCGCAUUCGAAGAGUGUCCAAUUGCAACGUCCAUGCGGACAACGAGACGCAAUCCAUUCGUAUCGUUGGCAUCCCAGAAAACGUACAAAAAUGCGUGGCGUUGAUCAACGAAACCAUCGAGAGAGGCAAUAAGAACAGAGCGGAGAAACAACAACAACAACAACAACAACAACAGCAACAAGGAGAAGCGCCAGCCGCCGCCGCGACUGAAGACGAGCCCAUAGCCGACGCGGAUGCCGACGCCCAGCAACAAGAGGAAGGCGGAGCGAUGGUCCCAGCAGCCGAAGAGCAACACCAACCGGCUGAAUUAGCCGACGCGGAUGCUGAAAACGCCGCCCCAGCUCCGGCGCCGACGACGACGGAGACCGAACAACAACAACAAGAAACUGACGCCGACUUCUCCAAAAUGACCGUCGCGCAACUCAAAGUUGAACUCGAGAAGAGGAACCUCCCGCAAGAUGGUCUCAAAGCGGCGCUCAUUCAGAGGCUCGAAGAAGCUGCUUGA